AUGGCUGAGGAGCUGCUGGUCACGCUUUGCAGAAGCGACACCGCGGGAUUUGGAUUUUCGCUACUUGGUACUGCCGGGCUGCCUCAUGUUAUUUAUGAUAUUGUUGAAAAUUCACCAGCAGCUGACAGUGGAAAGCGGUAUGGUAAAACGGUUUAUUGGAGCUGUAGGCCGAAUUACGGGCGUAUCGACCCGCUGGCUCGGUCUUCUCUCUCGCUCUUUUAUAUCAUUUUAUUUUACAGUUUUUUACGAGGGUAA